AAGAAGAACGGCCAGGGUCAAGGUCAGGAGGUCAGGUACCUGAAAGGUCAAGGUCACGGACGGAUUAUGAUAAGGAUGCAUACUACAGGGACAAAUAUGGUCGAGGUUACGACUAUGACUAUUAUAACUCUCGAUCUUCACGUUACUAUGACGACCGAUAUUACCAGUACUACCAAAGGGAUGCUCGGUUACUCCCAAGGUUACUAUGACGAGUACUAUGGCCAUGGCUACAACCCAAGACUUUCACGGAUAACUUUAUAUAGCGAGUAUUACAGCAGUCAGCAUGGUCAGUAUGGGGCAGCCCCAGAGGUAGACCGUUACAGUCAGCACAGCCAGUCUCGGGGACACACCCCUGCUCUGGAUGAGCUGUCACAGAGUGGAGAGUACUACCAGGGCAAUGGGUCAAGGUCAUCCAGUCGUCAAGGUCAGGAUGAACAGAAGGCAUAUGCACGACACAGCUACGAUUAUGACUAUGGAUAUGACAACUACGGCUAUGGAUAUGACUAUGACCCUAACUAUGGCUAUUACUAUGGUGAUGGAUAUCAGCAAGAACCCCCUGGACGUAUGACGCCACAGAAGCACACAAUACCACAUGUCCGGGCUAGUUUUGGUGCCAAUGGUCAGCUGAUAAAGGUCUUGCCAAAUCGUCCUGGUGACGGGCAGCCGGCCACGGUUGAAGUUCAUAACCUGGAGGAGACGUUGUCGGACAACACUUCUGGAGAGCAGCUGAGGGAAUUCCCUGGACCACUCACAAGAGCCGACACACACAAGAAUGAUGUUCUGCAGUUCUGUCAGCGGAAGGCCCAGAGCUGUGCAGAGAACAUCAGCAUGGUGGAUCGCGACUCUGCAGUACUCAUCUGGAGGCUCCUGGAACUACUCAUCAAACAGAAUGGGUCAGUGGUGGGCACUGACAUCGCGGACCUGCUGCUGGAGGGUCAUCAACCAACGUCGAUGGAGUACAGCAUGAUGGGAAUGAAGAUCACACAGAGCACCGAGGAGCUGGACAAAGUGGGAGAAGAUGAGACGGCAGGGGUGAAAGUUACAUCCGACAGAACCCAGAUCAACCGUGGACGCUCAGUGGAAGAGGUGACCGACAGAUUCAGAAAUCUAUUGUCGUAUGGCAGGAAAAAGGAUGCCCUGGAGUGGGCCACCAAGAACAACCUGUGGGGCCACGCCUUGUUCUUGGCCAGCAAGAUGGACACUAGGACCCACGCCAGUGUGAUGAUCAGAUUUGCUAACAGUGCUAUGAAGAUAAAUGACCCCUUGCAGACCCUCUACCAACUCAUGUCCGGCAGACAACCUGCAGCUGUCACUUGUGUGGUGGAUGAGCGGUGGGGAGACUGGCGACCCCAUCUGGCCAUGAUCCUGUCCAACAGCUCGAGCAAGCCAGAAUUGGACAGGAAGAGCAUCGCCACAUUGGGAGACACCAUGGCUGCUAAGGGUUGCCUUCAUGCCAGCCACUUCUGUUACAUCAUGGCACAGUCAGGAUUCGGAACGUACGCAAAGAAAACAUCAAAAAUAGUGCUUGUUGGAUCAAGCCACAACUGGUGUUGGGAGGAGUUUGCCACUAACGAGGCCAUCCAGUGCACGGAGAUCUACGAGUAUGCUCAGUCACUAGGCAACCAGACCUUCCUACUUCCUCAUUUCCAGGUGUACAAGUUCCUGUAUGCCAGCAGACUGGCAGAGUUUGGCUUCCUGCAGGAGGCCCUGCAUUACUGUGAGGUGAUCUCCGCCACAGUGCAGUCUGCCCCAGCAUACUUCCAGCCAGCUUUUGUCAAGGUGCUGUAUGAGUUUUCCAAUCGCCUGAAGUUCUAUGACCCUCAGCGUGUCCACACUGGAGAAGACGAGGACCCGGCCUGGUUGCAGCAACUGCAGAGAGUCUGUCUCGGAUACGAUGAUGGCUCUAUCCAGCCUGUGUCGGGAAAUGCUACCCCAGCCAUGUUUGGGGGUACCACAGCAAGUAGUGAGAGUGGGGACAUGUACGGCGGCACAGCGGGUGGAGAGUACCCAGCCACCCAGCAACAGUAUAACCAGGAUCCAGCCUACCAGCAGUAUAGCCAGGACCAGGCCUAUCAGCAGUACGGACAGAACCAACAGCAGGCAGAGUACCAGCAAACCCAGCAACAAGCAGAGGGCCAGCAUACACAGACGUACACAGCAGAAACACUGGAUGGGCAGACGGCGGAGCAGAUGCAGCAGGCAACAGAACUACAGAACCAGUCUACAGCUCAGUGGCAGAAUCAGUAUGGUUACAACUAUGGAUAUCAAACAGGGGAACAGCAGGCUGGAGCUAAUACAGCCAAUCAGAACACUGGUUACAAUGCUGUACAACAGACUGGAGCUGAGACAGCCAAUCAAACCACUGGUUACAACACAGUACAACAGACAGAUGGCCAGACCAGCCAGGUUUACGGUGGCCAGGGCUACAACCAGCAGUAUAACCAGGGGUACGGUCAGGACUACACAGGGUCCGACCGCCUGGCGUCACAGCGGGGCAGUGUUGUCUCCUCACACAGCGUCGACACAGAGGGGGAUCACACUGAUGGGGGACAGGAUAUGACUGCUGCUCCCUCCUCGUCCUUUGACUACUUCGGUGCGGCCACACAGACUAAGAUUGUGGCUCCUCCGUCACGGUUCCGCACAACGUCGACUAGUAGUUCCACGGGUGGUGGCCGGCAGCGCACAGUGUCUGAGAGCAGUACAGGCAGUGUGAAGGCAGCGUCAUCGUCCAUGAAGAAGUCGGCAACUGACAGCAAUGUCAAGAAGAACACUACGUUGCCGUCUAAGAAGGAAGAAUCAAAAAAGAGUGGCAAAGGAUGGUUUGGUGGUUGGUUCAAUAAACCCAAAAAUAAAGAUAUGCACUUGCCGAAGGAUGACAAGCCAGCGAUUGUUUGGGAUUCGGUCAACAAGAAGUGGGUUAACACAGAUGGUGAUGCAGAAGAAGAGAAGCCAGCUCUCCCACCCCCCAAAGACACUGAGUUGAUGGGCAACUCUACUGGCCCAUCUGCCGCUCCUGCCACUGCCCUCUCUGCAGCAGGGUCGACAUCAGCUGGUGCCCCACCCUCUGGCAACCGCUUCUCUCGCAACAAAGGACGAGGUGAUCUAGGUGCCCGGAACCAGUACGUGGAUGUCCUGAGCAGCAAGACGACGCCAGCAGCAUCUGUACCAAGCACCUUGUUCAAUGUGAUGCCACCAACAGCGACGGCCCCGAACACAUCAGCACAGAUCUUCAACCCUAUGGGCAGUGGGUCAACUGAAUCUAGUCAACCAGCAGCGCCAGCUGGUGGUGAGAGUGGCCAGAACAAUCUGCUGGAGCCUCCAUCAGGGGAGUUGUCGCGAUCAAGUUCAAUGAGUUCUCUCUCGCGGGAAGUCCAGCAGUUUACGACCCAGACGGACUCUGCUCCGGGUUCCACUGCCAACCCAAUCCUGUUCAACCCCGCCCAGUUUCAGGGUGCCCAGCCCCAGGUUCAACAGCCUGCUGCAGCAACCAACGGACCUCGGUACGGUCAGCGGAGACAGUACCCCAAGAAGACAUAGGACUCAAGGAAACACUUAAACACUACCAAACCAUUAAACUUUGUUUAAACAUCAGUGCCGAAAACACUUAAACAAUGCCCAAAGACUACCUUUGAUUGAGGAGGUAUGGAGUGAGUGCUUCAACAAUUGUGCAGUGAUAGGGGGAUAUAAGUUGUAUCUUCCUGCAACCUUGACUCCACACUGCUCAUGGUUCUAUCAAUUGUAAGAUUAGAAAAAAACCCAUCCUGUUCCUACAUGUAUCAUUUAAACAACCAUAACCGUAUUAGUUCACUUUCGCCAAAAAAAUGGACGGAAUGGAGAAUGGUGGAUGUUCUUGACCACUUCCUGUUGCAGGUCACUUCUAGUUUUGUCACUUCCUGGUGAAGGUAUGUUAUUGUUCCCAGUCAUAUUCUAGCCCCACAUGCCCCCCCCACCUCAUGUUUUCAGCCAUUGUAACCAUGUUCCCAACACUACAGCUAAAGUCUGAUUAUGACUCUGAGGGGUAAGUCUCAUUCAUGUUAUAAUUCACCAAAAAAGAACUGAUCUCGGACUAGCAUUACUUAGUCCCAUCAUAACAAUUGACACCUUGCAACCUAUAUCUAGUCGACUGCUGCCCAUUCCAAGGACGUCGUCAUUACAUAAGAAUCCACGACAGCUGUCUCAGGCAACAACCAUAUGUUCCAGAAGCUCCUGAUAGACAGCAUCUCAGUGUGUGAAAUAGUUCCCCAUGAGCAAGAUCAAGAUCCCCAUGACACUGCUCAGAUCAAGAUCAUCUGAGCAGUCACAAACCCUCAACGUCAACCACCAACUAGUAACUUCACUAAUUCAUACUGCAGGGUGCUUGUUAAAAGUGUACUUAAUAUUUCUACAUUGGAAAAGUGUUUAGCUGAUUGGAUAUGCUGAACUUGAACAAAUAUAGCAACACUAGCACUAACUCAUUCGUUACAGGGUAACGUAAUGCCAAUCAUAAUAUACACCCAGCUUUCCAAAAAGCAUCAUUGUGGGCAGAAGGUUUAUGAUACUAGUUAGAGACAGGGGACGAACCAAUUCACACGCUGAUUACAAGAUGUCUGUGUACAGGACAACCAUCUAUGACGAUCACGUUCUUGUGUGUAACCGGCACCCACGCCAUAGCAUUAACCACGUGCAAUGUAAGGGUUUAAAGAGUUAUCUGCUCUUGUUACCGUUGAAUCUUGAUCUGAUUCGGAAUGUUUGUGCCGUUGUUGUCUUGACGAUCUCUGGUGAUAAGAUCUGGGGAUAUGUACAGUAGUACUUACAUUUAGAGGACCUGACUCUGUGGACGCCCAGUGUGAAAGUAUGUAAGUAAGAUGGUCAUCUGUGUUGUCUUUGUGUCAGUGGGCUGUUUGCCCAGUGAUGACUCCAAUGACUCAAUGCAGGAAUUUACACCUGAGAAACAACCACAUCUAGGGCAUUAACGUUGAAAAAUUAAUAAGCAAGGUGGUUGUUCUGUUUGGUAAUCCUUUCUGUAUUUGUCUUUAAAAAAUGCUUUGAUCUGGGUGUUAAUUUGCGCUCUGUCGAUACUGUUGCAAGUAGACCAGGGAAGCGGUGUUCAUUUGGUUUAAGAAUGUGCUGCAUCUGAUGGAAGACUGAAACGAUUCUUGUGACCCAGAAUGAGAUAGAAAUGGACCGGGAAUAUAAGUCUUUUUCUGCUCCAUGUUUCUGCUGUUGGCUCUUGCAAUUCGUGAUACUAUUUGGAAGCAAGGUUUACGAGGUUUCAUUAACUUCUAACUUAGUUUAUAGUACUUGUAAUCAGUACAUUAACAGUAUAAUCAGAUGUCGAUGUGCCUUCGGGAUACGUCACGCCAAGCUGAAAGCAUUUUGAGAAGAAGUUCUGUUCCAGUUUGGCUGCAUUUAAGCUAGAGAUCUACAAGUUUUGUGUGAUAACCAGUGGACAAUCGAACGAAUUUAUUACCAUGCAUUUUGAUGAUUCGCUGAAUUACAGUUUAAGGAGUAUACUAAAGACACCUAUUUUGUAUUGAUUUAUGACUAUGUACGUCCCUGCUGCUCGGCUUGUUCAUUGGAGCUGUGUGGAAGAUGAGGACGAUUGAGAAUGAGUUUGAUGUUCUUGUGCCAUCAGUUAAUAGUGAGACAUCACCUUGUGUGUGUAUAUACUUCACGACAGAGUUGGUGAAAGGUGUUGUAUGUCCAUGUACGUGGUAUAUUCUGUAUGAUUGUACAUGGUAUGUUAUGUAUAUUGUGUGAUUGUAAAUGUUAAAGUGUGUAUAUGGAAACAAUUGUACAGUAUUGUUAGACUUAUUCAGAUAAUAUUUUCAUGUAUUCAAACCGAUACACGUGGUGAGAAAGCUUCAAACAUGUGUUUCAAUCCUGACUCUGAUGUGGCGUCAAAACCCGGAACAAUACACAGGAAGAUUAAUUCAAA